AUGUCUUCGAUUGUCACCGGUAUAUUGAGUUCCACUGUGGGAUUACUGUGGAACAAAGCCCGAGAUGCGACUGCUAAAAAGCUGAAGGGCGGUGACAUUACAGAUGCAAAAAUUCGUGAAAUAGUCAUGCGAGAACUCAACGACGUCAAAACCAAGAUUGACGGUCUCUCACGCAAAGAUCUGCUCAGCAGCUACAGUUUUCUACAAGAAGGCGUACAGCUACUGAAUGUUUCUCUGGAUAAGUCGAAGGACGAGCAGAAAGCUGUGCAAAGCGAAACUCAAGAUGAUCGCGGUGAAACGUCGAGCUAG